CCCGCCCCCAUCGCUGGCGUGGCCGUGCUCUCAAGCGGUGGCGGUUCGUGGGUCGGAGCCGGCGGAGGGCAAAGCCGCGGCCGACGAUAUGACGCCGGAGGACCCCGAGGAGACCCAGCCCCUGCUGCGGCCGUGGGCCGCUAGCGCUCCUCGCGGCCGCCGCGUUUUCCUCGCAGCCUUCGCCGCCGCCCUUGGCCCGCUCAGCUUCGGCUUCGCCCUCGGCUACAGCUCCCCGGCCAUCCCCAGCCUGCGGCGGGACGUGGCCCCGGUCCCGCGCCUGGGCGACAGCGCGGCCUCCUGGUUCGGGGCCAUCGUGACCCUGGGCGCCGCGGCAGGGGGUGUGCUGGGCGGCUGGCUUGUGGACCGUGGGCGCAAGCUGAGCCUCCUGCUCUGCACGGUGCCCUUCGUGACCGGCUUUGCGGUCAUCACCGCGGCCCAGGAUGUGUGGAUGUUGCUCGCAGGCCGCCUCCUCACCGGCCUGGCCUGUGGCGUCGCCUCGCUAGUGGCCCCGCACAAGGUCUAUAUCUCAGAAAUCGCUUACCCAGCAGUCAGAGGACUGCUCGGCUCCUGUGUGCAGCUGAUGGUUGUCAUUGGCAUCCUCUUGGCCUACCUGGCAGGAUGGGUCCUGGAGUGGCGCUGGCUGGCUGUGCUGGGCUGUGUGCCUCCCACCUUCAUGCUGCUGCUCAUGUGCUUCAUGCCAGAGACCCCUCGCUUCCUCCUGACUCAGCACCAGCACCAGGAGGCCAUGGCUGCUAUGCACUUCCUGUGGGGCUCUGAGCAGGGCUGGGAAGAGCCCCCCAUCGGGGCUGAGCACCAGCAGGGCUUUCAGCUGGCCCUGCUGAGGCGCCCCGGUGUCUACAAGCCCCUCAUCAUCGGCAUUUCGCUCAUGGUCUUCCAGCAGCUGUCAGGGGUCAAUGCCAUCAUGUUCUAUGCUGAGACCAUCUUUGAAGAGGCCAAGUUCAGGGACAGCAGCCUGGCCUCUGUCACUGUGGGUGUCAUCCAGGUGCUGUUCACAGCUGUGGCAGCCCUCAUCAUGGACAGAGCAGGGCGGAGGCUCCUGCUGGCCUUGUCAGGUAUGGUCAUGGUGUUCAGCAUGAGCGCCUUUGGCACCUACUUCAAGCUGACUCAGAGUGGCCCCAGCAACUCCUCCCACAUGAACCUCUUCGCGCCCAUCUCUACAGAGCCUGUGGAUGUCCACGUAGGGCUGGCCUGGCUGGCUGUGGGUAGCAUGUGCCUCUUCAUCGCUGGCUUUGCAAUGGGCUGGGGGCCCAUCCCCUGGCUCCUCAUGUCGGAGAUCUUUCCUCUGCACGUGAAGGGUGUGGCUACAGGUGUCUGUGUCCUCACCAACUGGCUCAUGGCCUUUCUGGUUACAAAGGAGUUCAGCAGCAUCAUGGAGAUCCUCAGGCCCUACGGAGCCUUCUGGCUGGCUGCCGCCUUCUGCAUCCUCAGUGUCUUUUUCACUUUGUCCUUUGUCCCUGAGACCAAAGGCAGGACUCUAGAACAAAUCACAGCCCAUUUUGAGGGACGGUGACAGCCCCUUUCUGUAAGUGGCAACCCUGAGCUGAGCUGGCUUUGGAUCUCAGAGGGAGUGGAGUGGCCUAGACCUGAGUCUGACCUCCAUCCGAACCUGAAGCCCCAGACUUCUCAGGCUCAGGGAAACCAGGACCACAGCCUGGGCAUCAGCUCUUCUUGUCCAACUCUCAUGGCCCAGAUCUAGAGCAUGAGAUUCAUCAUCCUCUAGGUCCAGUCUGCUGCCCCUGCACACUGGGAAACAUCCCAGAGGAGCUGAGCAGUCCUGUGCUCAGCCCUCCACAUGUCUCUUCAUAACACUAACACAACGGAGGUAGGAUAAAGGCUCUUGGCUCCAGUGUUCUGACUGGAGAUACUGUGGAAAUGGAGACUGGGCCCCAGGCACCUGCCUGCCCCUCCCACAUGAUCAGAAAGAACUUGGCCAAAUAGAGAUGACUCAGAAACCAGGUCUCUGUGUGAGGUGGUUAGGUUCCCAUAAACCAAGCCCUCCUAGGCCCUGACCAGAGCACCUGAGCAUUUACCUUCUUGGAGUCAGCCAGCUUAAUCCCUGUCUUGGGCUCAGUUUCCUGGGUCGUUAGCCAUCAAAUUUUGAGUUUCAGAAAAUAAAAAUCUGUUUGACUUUAGUAGACCCA